UCCGGUCCCAGCAUGCACUGCGGCGGAGUUUGAAUGGCGCUGGCGACGCUGAGUGGGCCCCGGCGGUAGGACUUCGCCGCUGCAAGCUUCCAUUUGAGGCCGGGCCGGCAGCAGCUACAGUAGCAGCGCUGGACCAUGAGCGGCGGCAGGGAUUUGAGAGAUUAUGGCAUCUGAAGCCCAAAAUGUUAGAAAACAGAACUUACUGUACCUUGAGGGUCGUCCUGUUGAUCUCCCUAGAAAAAGGAGCUCUUCUUUCAUUAAUGAGAACAUGAAGGAGGGUAAGAAAUCUGGAAAACAUUUGGCUUCUUGCACAAGCAGAACGACAGUUGGACAAAUUGUGACCAGCCCCCAUCCUCUCUUCAGAGUAGUCUACUGCAAAAGAAAAGUUCUGUAUUAUUCUCCAAAACCUUGUUUCAGAAAGAAACAGCUCCCUAAAGUCAGAGGCCGUGACAUGGCAAAUAAGGAAAAUGAACUGGCUUGUGCAGGUAAUCUGCCAGCAAAACUGCCUGCUGAUGGCCGUACAUUCUUAUUGAACUCCAGUGAUUCUGGGCGCUCUCAAGCAGAAAGUCCUUCAUCAAAAUAUAGUGGAUUUUUUUCAGAGGUUUCUGAAGAUCAUGACACUAUGGCACAGGUCCUCUUCAGCAGAAAUCUCCGACUGAAUGUAGCUCUAACCUUUUGGAGGAGGAGAAGUAUAAGUGAGCUCGUAGCCUAUUUAUUAAGGAUACAAGAUCUUGGUGUAGUGGUAGACUGUCUUCCAGUGCUUACCAGCAGUUUACAGGAAGAAAAACCAUAUAUUUCUGUUGGCUGCUGUGUAGAUCUUCUGCCUUUAGUAAAAUUACUGCUUAAAAGUAAAUAUGAAGAAUAUGUGGUGGUUGGUUUAAAUUGGCUACAAGCUGUGAUUAAAAGAUGGUGGCCAGAACUUUCUGCCCAUACAGAAAAGAUAGAGGAUGGAAAUAUUCAGAUUUUAAAACAGCAGUUAAGUGGAUUAUGGGAACAAGAAAAUCAUCUUACUUUGGUUCCAGGAUAUACGGGUAACAUAGCAAAGGAUGUAGAUGCUUAUCUAUUACAGCUGCACUGACAUUCUUGGAGGUCAUAGUGUGUAUGCCUGUACCUGCGCAUUUAAUUGUGUCGGCUAAAAAAGCCCAAUACCUUUCAACAAUGUACUACUGCGAAAAUGAAAUACCACCACUUUUAAGAAGAACUGUCUUGACAGAAGAGCACUCGAUCUUCAGAACAGCUUGCUACAACCACUAAAAAUCUAUCUGCUUCACAUUGAAGUGGAAAAAAUUAUAACAGGAGCAACUUUUACUUCAGUGAGGUGAAAAUGCACUGUGAAAACUAUACAUAAUGCCUUUGCUGCAUUCGGGGGUCUGUUCAGUUAAUUGGGGAUGAAACUGCUGCUGUGCUUCUUCUGCAUCAUUGUACAAAGCAACAAAGUUUAAUCACGGAGAUAAGAUUACAGAACCAGUUACUAGAAACCACAAGAGACCAGUCGCCAUAAAUAUUUUUAAACUUUUUUUUGCAUAUGAACUGUAAAAUGUGUUUGUAUAUACGUGUAUAUGUUGAAAAAUAUGUUAAACUUAAAAACGUUGAAGUUCUGUAUAAAAACUCUACAAUGUCUGCUAUAUUAAUCAAGACAUUAAAGACUAUUUUUGUUGCACUCCUGAGAAACUGUAUAUAGUCAGAGGCCUUAAUUACUAGCUUUGCAAAUAGCCAGUAUUUUAAGAUAGAGUAUGGAAAGAUGAAAUCCUUUAUUAAAAGUUAUCAGGGUGGUGUUCAUACACUUUAUAUAAAUCGUUUUGAAACUGUGUUAUUCAAUGUUUAAGUGGGUAUGUCCACUAUCUGACACGCAUACUAAAAUUUUAGGCACAGAGGAAAAACUACUUUCAAAUGUCAACAGAAUAGCAAAUCUGUACACCUAGAGUUUUAAUACUUACAUUUUCUAGUGCUCUGUUCUGUAACCCAGAUUACAUGCAUUCUCAAUAUUACUACUAUAUUCAUUUCUAGAAUUAUGUUCAAAUAAUUUUAUCUGGGUUCCUCUACCACGAACCACCUCUAUUGCAUUCCAGAUAUUUAUAUUUCCUGCUCCCAAAAUGUUUACAGCCAAGAUAAGCCUGUGCUUUUCAGAUUCAACAAAGCAUAUGCUACCUCCUUACAAAUGUUGCUAGACAUCUUGCAGGUGUACUUGUCCCAUGGCUAUUUUUCUUAACAAUUACUCUUAAGUGGAAGAACAAUGAAGUACUUAUAGCUAUAUCUUGUUUUACUAAUUUGGGAUUCUUUAGUUUAGUCUGCUGUGAUUUACCAGCUGGAUUAAAGAGGGUUUGAUGAGUAUGUUGGCACCUGUUUUAUGUAACUAGUAAAUAUGUGUGUCCAAAUUAAAUUCUAUGAAGUGCCAGAUGUGCACAAAAACAGAUGUAUUUUUACAGUACAACCAAACUCAUUGUUGGAUUUAUUUUUUAUUAAAUAUGACUUGAGACUUAUA